AUGCCUCAGAAGCCAAGGCCCGAGGAGCAUCCAGGGUCCCCGACGACAGGCGUCCGGGGUAAAACGCCCCGUAUGUUCAGUGCUCGAGUAGCCUGUGAACAGAUGGAGAAAAAGUUCUUAGCUUUCCAAACGGGAGGACUCACCAUCCCCCGACCCCGAGCCAAAGAAGCCCCGGCUGAAGGUACCGAGUCAUAUUCAAUCCUUCCCAAAGACGCUAGCCUUCUCAUACUUACAAUUAUCAUUUCACAGCCGGAGACGAAGGAGUGGUACGAGGAGAAGAUAGAGGUAAUUGUGAUAAUUCUCACUCGGAUACCCCUGAAUCUAAUGUAUCAGCAGACCCACGUCAAGCUCGCCACCAAGUUCUACGAGAAGAAGGAGGUACUGAACUUGAAUGUCCUACAAUUGCGCAGUAUGGCUCCACUAACAAUUUUUCGCACUCAGCACUUUGAGAAGCUCCAGAAGGAGCACGUGGCCAAGGCCAAGGAAUACCGGAAGAAAGCGAAGACCGGCCGAAACGCGAUUCUCGCUGAGUUGGAGUCAUCAGAGGCCGAGGGCGAGGCUGAGACGCCCAAGAACGACAGCACCGCAGUGCAAGAGGCUAUCCUCGAGAACACCACCGAUGCCGAGACCCGGCUGCUGAUCGGGGGCCGGGCCUUCGCCUUUGGCGACGAGGUUGAGAGGGUUGAUAAAAUCACGCGCUUGGGUGAUGAUGAGGUGCGGACGCAGGACUCACUGUCCGGGUGGAUUCCUGCACCGAAUACAUACCUACAUUUAGCAGAUGUAUCCAUGCUACUAUCGUUGCAAUAAUACCUAGACGCAUCUCUCGAAUGCUUUGAGAUGCCGUAAAUUAAUGCCUCGCAACCCGCCCUCCAGCAAACGGGCUGCUUGCUAUCCAGGUAUGGCUAUCCAGGUAUGGCUGGCGGUGGUCUCCGCGAAGUGGUGCGGGGCUCGCUCUUCCAAGUGGCGGCGGCCUACGAAGUCGAAGUCGCCCAUCCGGCGACGAUAGUAUUACCUAGGUAUUACCGUAUGUUGUCCUGCACGUCCACCGCGGUUUGGCGGUCGAUCGUACAUCCGCGCCGAGUGGUGGUCAUGCGAGAUCGAGAAGGCAAGAACUUGACGGCUAACGCGCCUAUAUUAAGAUGACAUUCGAAUCGGAUAUCGUGGCGGCUUGAUCUACGCCAUUCUUUGGGGUUCAUGAAGGGGAUAACUGAUGUUAUUACAUGUGUGAUUUAUAUCCCGUCCCA